AUGGAUUCUACUUUUGUGCAGAAUGUUCCCAGUGAGCUUAUCUGCCACAUCUGCAAGGACUAUUUCACAGACCCUUUCACCAUUAGCUGUGGGCACAGCUUUUGUGCUCCUUGUAUUUGCCUCUUGUGGGAAGAUGCUCAGCAUCCUGCUCGCUGCCCUGUGUGCAGGGCAGUAUCUCCACGAAUAUACUUGGAAAAAAUUAUUUUUGCUGAGGAACAAGUUCAUGCUAUCAAAAAAUCAAUUUCCUGCCAGUUACCAAACUCUGCCAAGCAAGUCUGUAGGACGCACCAAACAGCAAAGGACCUCUUCUGUCCAAUUGAAAAGAACCUGCUGUGUGGGCACUGCUCCCAUUCCCCAGGGCAUGCCACUCACAGACACUCACCAAUAUCGAAGGCUACUAAGCACUACAGGGAGAAACUUCUGAUGCAAAUGAGGUCUAUUUGGAAAAACAAACAGAGAAAUCAGAGAAAUCUAAACAGAGAGUACAACUUAUUUAGGGGAUGGCAGGGUUUUAUAAAUCUACGGAUGAUAAUGAUCAGAGCUGAAUACCCUAAGGUAUACCAAUAUCUCCAUGAAGAAAAGCAAAAACAUUUAGAGACCCUGGCAAUUGAAGGCAAGAUCAUUUUUAAUCAACUCCAGAGAAAUGUAGCUAGAAUGCGUCACAUGGGAAAACUCCUAAGAAAAAUGUAUCAGGAGCUAAAGGAAAUGUGCUACAAAACAGACACGGACCUGUUCUGGAAUUUGGGAGACAUCAUGAAAAGGAGUCAGUUAAUGCAGUUGCACAUUCCCCAGCCUAUGAACCCUCAGCUGAACACAUGGACCAUCACAGGGAUGUCCGAAAGGCUUAACAACUUCCGAGUGUAUAUUACAUUGGACCAUAACAUAAGCAAUUAUCGUGUGGCUCUGUUUGAAGACCUGAUACAUUUGCAAUGCAGUUCCGACCAUCAAGACAUGCCCCACAGUCCAGCAAGUCUACAGUACACUCCUUUGUGGGGAGCUCAGACCUUCACCUCCGGCAAACAUUACUGGGAGGUAGAUGUGGGAAACUCUUGUAAUUGGAUUGUAGGACUUUGCAAGGAAUCCUGGAUCAAUCGCAAUGAUAUGCUGCUCAAUUCUGAGGAUAUUUUCCUACUUCUGUGCAUUAAAGUGAAUGACCUUUGUCGUCUCUUCUCUGCCUCCCCGCCAUUACUUCACUACAUCCAAAGACCCCAGGGCUGGAUAGGGGUGUUUCUAGAUUAUGAAUGUGGUACGGUAAGCUUUGUGAAUGUUGCCAAAAGCUCCCUCAUUUGUAAUUUCCUCUCAUGCUCCUUUUCUUUCCCUCUCAGACCUUUCAUUUGCUAUGGACCCAAAUGA